AUGGUUGAAGACAAGGUACUUAGAAAAUGGCGCCCCGGCGCAAUGGUGUCCAGAGCUGAGGGCGGGCGCUCGUCUGGCGGUGGUUCUGGUGCGUCGAGCGAUUCUGAAUCGUCUGAAGCGCAUAUUGAUUAUCUUGUCGACGACAUCAUCGGGAAAUUAUCAAUUUACCCAGCAUAUAGCAGUGAAGCAAUGACGAUUAAGAACCGCAAAGAUAGGCCAAAGCCUGAUCGUCAAACCGAGUGGGAAGGAGCUGAGGUCUGCCCGACACACAGUCGCCAUGGUCAUGGUUACAAGCCAUAUGCGUUUCCGGAGGAACGGAAGGAGGCCAUUGUGCACCGAUCCCGAGUCCGGCCAAGCCACCAGAUGGAGUCCACGCUGCCGGACAGUACGACUUAUCCGCCGGCUCCUCACUUUAACCGAACACAGCUGCGCGUCGCCGCACAGCAGCCCGAAGCUCUGGGCAAUUCAUUCGAAUUCCGCGGAGCUUCUCGAGAACCCACGUCUACUCCUGUGUUAUCACCGAUACCCGACAAAGAAAACGGCAACAACAGUGAAGAUGAGUACUACGCGGCCGCACAUUCUGAUGACACUAAUCUGGAAAAGCUUCUUGUGGAGAAGAAAGGCUGGAAAAUAAUCAAGGUGCAGGCGGAUGGUGCUUGUCUUUUCCGAAGUGUCUGUAUGUUAUUUUGUUACAACGAUUAUGCCCCCAUCCUAGCGCACCAAAUAUUUGGCGACGAAGAAAAGCACGAUGUCGUUCGGAAUCAGGUCAUUGACUAUAUGCUUAAGAACAAAGAACAUUUCUCCGCAUACGUCACCGAGGACUUCGAGCAUUACAUAAACCGCAAACGCGAUAUCACCUGUUACGGGAAUCAUAUUGAGAUACAAGCUAUUGCGGAACUGUACAACAGACCUGUCGAAAUAUACUACGACUCAGUGGAACCUAUCAACGUCUUUCAUGCGGACUAUUCUAAAGAAUUCCCAAUACGGUUGAGCUAUCAUGGCCGAGUUCAUUAUAACUCGAUUGUUGACCCGUUCAAUCCAUCAUUUGGUUACGGACUAGGGAUGCCAAACUACCAACCUAGCCUUGCUGAGCCUGAUCUAAUCGCCAAAGCUAUUAACGAGUCAGAAGCCACCCAACUGGAGGAAACUAUGUUACGUGACAAACUUGCGGAGACCGAACAUUCGGAACUUGAACGUUGCAUAGAGGCUCAGGUUAUUCGCGAAUCCUAUUACGAUUACCUUCGUCAGCUCCAACUGCCAAUGCGCCACAACGUCGGAGGGCCUAGCAGUCAGUUGCCUUUGGGUGCACUAGCGUCUGCAGUCCGAACUUCCGCUGUAGAUGUGGCGUCCUCAUCCACAACAUCAACUUGGGCCCCGGUCCGCCUUCCUACACAGUCGUUACCUUCCCCCCCGUUGCCUUCCUCUUCCUCACAUUACCAACUACCAUCAAAUUUGAGUAGGAUGGAUGAAGAUUCCCUGGUUGCAAUGGUUAUGGAGCAAUCCAGGCACGAGUAUUUAGAGUCUUUGCGCAAGCGGUGCGCGUCACCCUCAAGCGAUACCCAAGAACCGCAUACGCCCACUUCUUCGGCAGACACCAAGAAGUCCGCUUCAUCUGUCCAGUCAACGUUACCGUCAAAUAGCGAACGUUCUUAGGUUUUGUUGUCUUACUCCAGCCUCGUAGCAUCUGUUACGUCGGCUCAUUAAUUUCAAAUAUGUGCCAGCGUGCCUUGUCCGUCUAGAGAGUUCAUUAAGCUUAUCACAUUGUGAUGAUGUGCUAUCAGACGUCUUUCGGAUUCGUCCUGGUAUUGCAUUCAUACCUGUAACCAGUUUUGGUGGUUUUGUCCAAGUUGAUACAGACAGUAUGUAUGUUAUUGCCAGUCGAUCUGUGUCAGUGCAGUCUGUUCCCUACUGCGUGUGUUAACGCCUUGCUGAAUACGUUGUGUGUAUCGAAUGCCCCGUCCGGGUUACCGAACCUCAAUGGCAACCAAAUGUUCUAACGAAAAUAUUUUCUUUGCCUUGUACAUGCUUCCUGCGUUGUAUGUUUACUAUAAGGUAAACGUGUCGAAAACCGAUCUGUAUCUACAAAUGAUUCGGGUUUUUGGUUACCAUUACUUUUUUGAGUGCACUGUAUCUUGGAUCCGAAUACAUUUAGCCU